AUGCGUUCUUUUUCCGCCAUCUCCCUCCUACCGCUGCUCGCUGCUCUAUCGCAACCAGCUCAAUCACAAAUAGUCACAGCCUCGCCAUACGAUGUGGCUCUAGAGCAACGUGACUGUUCCAACCCAUGUGGUUACUACUCACAACUCUGCUGCACUUCCUCGCAAAAAUGCAUCACCAACAGCCUAGGUCAGGCCGAAUGUUCCAACAGCGAUAGUAAUUCCGGCUCUGGAUCGUGGCAGUACUACACCACCACAUACACGCAAACAGAUCUUUCGACGGUCACUUCUGUCUACAGCAGCUAUGUCACUACUGCACCAUCCUCAACGACUACAUGCGCUACUUCCCUUGGUCAAUCUACCUGUGGCACGACAUGCUGCAGUGCCUCCGAGACCUGCGACAAUGGAGUCUGUGUAGCUGGCGUCUCGUCCGAGGAAUCAGCAACCGGCACAGCGACACCCGCGACUCGGCCAACGAGCAGCGGCGCAGAGACCGUCACAGCGACUCAAUCAGCCACUACAACUGUAGGCUUUAUCGCUCCCGUCUCCACGAAUGGCACCACUGUCAUCUCCGAAGCGCACCAGGGCGGCGGUCUCAGCGGCGGUGCCAUUGCCGGAAUCGUCAUCGGUGUUGUUGCGGGCGUAUUCCUGUUAAUCUUGCUAUGCGCCUGUCUGUGUAUUCGCGGCAUGCUUGAUGGUCUACUCGCGCUUCUCGGUUUGCGACCCCGACGACGCACGGAAACGACUUAUGUCGAGGAGCGCAUUUCGCACCAUUCCCACGGCGGCGAGGCACCGCCUCCAAGACGGACGUGGUUCGAUCUGGACUGGGUUGGUUGGGAUGGUUUGCAAUCAUUGCUGGAGCAGUGGCAUUAUGUCUGGGCCUUCGGAGACGGAGGAACGAAGAGGAGAAGAGCGAGUACAGUUAUGGUCCUGGCAGUUCUUAUUACUACUACAGCGACUAUUACAGUGGCAGUAGCGAACAAUCAGACGAUCGACAGACGCGACAAACCCGCGACUCGAGAAGAUCUCGAUCCCAACGAUGAUAGACACGCUGCACUCGCUGCUUUUACGAUCCACCAAUAUCCGCAAGCCGAGCCGUCUUGGUUGCAUCAGCAGCAGCAACAUCACCAGGCCCAGCAUCAUCAACAGCAGCAACAGCAUUCAUCGCUCGCCGCUCAACAACAUGCCCAGGCACAGGCUGCCGCUGCCGCUGCCGCCGCCGCUCAGCAGCAACACUACAACCGCAUCGCAAUGGCAGGGGGAAACGGAUCUGCCGGUGGUAACCAGGCACAGGGUUCAGGCAACAACGCGGCAGGCUUGAAUGCAGAUGGCUCAUCCCUUUCGGCCGGUGCUGGUAUUGAUGGAAACAUAAGCGAAGAGAGUCGCAAAGUCUUUAUUUGGGUCGCAGAGUUGCUCGAUCCCAACCGACGAGAAACCGCUUUGAUGGAACUCAGUAAAAAGCGCGAACAAGUCCCGGAACUCGCUCUUGUCAUCUGGCAUUCUUUCGGUGUCAUGACUGCGUUGCUACAAGAGAUCAUUUCCGUCUACCCUUUAUUGAAUCCUUCGCAGCUGACUGCCGCUGCCUCGAACCGGGUCUGUAACGCAUUGGCGCUGCUCCAGUGUGUUGCGUCACACAACGACACUCGUACUUUGUUUUUGAAUGCACACAUCCCGUUGUUCCUCUACCCCUUCCUCAAUACGACAUCUAAAUCUCGUCCAUUCGAAUAUUUGCGCCUGACUUCCCUCGGUGUUAUUGGCGCGCUCGUCAAGAAUGAUUCCUCCGAUGUGAUCAACUUUCUUCUCACAACCGAGAUCAUUCCUCUUUGUCUUCGCAUCAUGGAGACCGGCUCAGAGCUCAGCAAGACUGUUGCCAUUUUCAUUGUUCAGAAGAUUCUUUUAGAUGAUUUGGGCUUGAAUUAUAUUUGCGCCACAUAUGAGCGUUUCUACGCAGUCGGCACGGUUUUGAGCAACAUGGUCACUCAACUUGUUGAGCAGCAGACCGUACGACUACUAAAACAUGUAGUCCGUUGCUUUUUAAGACUUAGUGACAACAGCCGCGCUCGCGAGGCCUUGAGACAGUGCCUUCCAGAACCUCUCCGUGACGCGACUUUCUCUUCUGUCCUCCGCGACGAUGCUGCCACUAAACGUUGCCUGGCGCAGCUGUUAAUCAAUCUGUCGGACAAUGUGGAUGCUGGAAGUGCUGCCGGUGCGGCUAUGUAA